AUGUUGAGUAAGGUCCCCAAGAACACCGCUGGAAGAUACUGGAUCGGUUUAACAAUGCACUCCUGUCCUAUGGUGUGGGCGUCUGCGUUUCUGAUCGCCCAGAGAGUCUGCCAGACAGUUUCCAAAGCAGACUCUCUUCGACUCGAUUGCUCGUACUUCUGGUACGCUGGAACGUUGAAAACGGAAUUCGAUUCUAUCUCUUGUGCCUCUAUGUCUCCGUUAUUACAACUCGUCCUUGACGAUUUUAACUUCUCCUGCAUCAGCAAUCACAAUUGGCUUGGAAGGGCGGUUCUGGUAUCCGGUUUUGGAAGACUCGAUCAGUCUGACAACGUCCAUUCCUUCCAGGACUUUGCCGAAGACCACGUGUUUUCCGUCAAGCCAUGGAGUUUUGACGGUGGUGAUGAAGAACUGAGAUCCGUUGGUGUUUCUACCGGCAUUGGCCAUCGACAGGUAACCUGGGCCUUCGUGUUUGAGCUGGAAGUUCUCGUCCUCAAACUUGGCACCGUAAAUAGAUUUGCCACCAGUUCCAUCUCCUCUUGUGAAAUCUCCGCCUUGGAUCAUGAAAUCCUUAAUGACUCUGUGGAAUUUGGAACCUUUGUAGCCGAAUUUAGGAUCGUCAGAAACGCUUAA